AUGGUCAAAGAAACGAAGCUCUACGAAACCCUCGGCGUUGCGCCGACGGCGACCGAACAGGAGCUGAAGAAGGCGUACAAGACAAAUGCCCUGAAGUACCACCCUGACAAGAACGCCCACAACCCCGAUGCUGAGGAGAAGUUCAAGGAGAUUUCCCACGCCUACGAAAUUCUUUCCGAUUCCCAGAAGCGUACUGUCUACGACCAAUAUGGCGAGGCUGGUCUCGAAGGCGGUGCCGGCGGUGGUGGCGGCAUGGCUGCUGAGGAUCUGUUUGCUCAGUUCUUCGGUUCCGGUGGCGGCUUCGGCGGCGGCCUUGGAGGCAUGUUCGGUGGCGGCGGCAUGCCUAACCGCGGACCCCCCAAGGCUCGCACGAUUCACCACACUCACAAGGUCUCCCUUGAGGAUGUCUACCGCGGAAAGAUCUCCAAGCUGGCUCUCCAGCGGUCCGUCAUCUGCUCCAAGUGCGAGGGCCGUGGCGGCAAGGAGGGUGCUGUCAAGCGCUGCGCUGGCUGUGAUGGUCACGGCAUGAAGACCAUGAUGAGACAAAUGGGUCCUAUGAUCCAGCGUUUCCAGACCGUCUGCCCUGACUGUAACGGAGAGGGCGAGACGAUCAAGGACAAGGAUCGCUGCAAGCAGUGCAACGGAAAGAAGACCAUUGUCGAUCGCAAGGUUCUCCACGUCCACGUCGACCGUGGUGUCAGGAGCGGCACCAAGGUUGAGUUCCGCGGUGAGGGUGACCAGGCCCCUGGCAUCCAGGCUGGUGACGUUGUUUUCGAGAUCGAGCAGAAGCCCCACAACCGCUUCACUCGCAAGGAGGACGACCUUCUGUACCAGUGUGAGAUUGAGCUGGUGACUGCGCUGGCCGGUGGAACUAUCUACAUUGAGCACCUCGACGACAGGUGGCUCAGCAUCGAGAUCCUUCCCGGUGAAGCCAUUGCACCUGACGCUGUCAAGAUGGUUCGCGGCCAGGGUAUGCCUUCUCCUAGACACCACGACUUCGGCAACCUUUACAUCCAGUUCAACGUCAAGUUUCCUGAGAAGGGCUGGACAGAGGACCCCGCGGCCUUCGAGGCUCUCCAGAAGUUGCUCCCCGCCCCUUCGCUGCAAACCGUUCCUCCCCCUGAGGCUAUGACCGAGCCCGCCGACCUCGAGGAUCUCGACAACUCUUCCCAGGCUAGAGUCUUCGGAGGUGCUGGCGGUAUGGACGAGGACGACGAGGACGGCCACCCCGGUGCCGAGCGCGUGCAGUGCGCUUCUCAGUAA